UAUUCGCUCUUUCUGUCAAUCCAUCGCUCCAGUGAGGAGGGGGUCCAAGUAAGGGGUCAGAUUUUCCAGUGCAGAGAACACCAAGAGCAAUAGAUACAAUCAAUAAGAAGCACGGAUAGACCCGUUUAACUAAGCUUUUGCUACUACUGAAGUUCCUUCACUCCUGACAGGAUGGAGGACUCCUACGCCAAGACCUCGGUUGAGACCCUGGCCUACUUUGGGGUUAAUGAGAACACUGGCUUGUCCCCUGAUCAAGUCAAGAAGAACCUGGCCAAGUACGGCCAUAAUGAGCUGCCAGCUGAAGAGGGAAAGUCCGUCUGGGAGUUGAUUGUUGAGCAGUUUGAGGAUCUGUUGGUCAGAAUUUUGCUGCUUGCCGCCUGCAUCUCUUUCGUGCUGGCUUGGUUUGAGGAAGGUGAGGACACAGUCACUGCCUUCGUCGAGCCUUUUGUCAUCUUGCUCAUUCUUAUUGCCAAUGCUGUUGUCGGUGUCUGGCAGGAGCGUAAUGCCGAGAGCGCCAUUGAGGCUCUGAAGGAGUAUGAGCCUGAGAUGGGUAAGGUCUACCGCUCUGACAGAAAGAGCGUCCAGAUGAUCAAGGCCAGAGAGAUUGUCCCUGGUGACAUUGUGGAGGUGUCUGUUGGUGAUAAAGUCCCUGCUGACAUCAGACUUACUGCUAUUCGUUCCACCACUAUUCGUGUUGACCAGUCCAUCCUGACUGGUGAAUCCGUCAGUGUGAUCAAGCACACCGAUCCUGUCCCAGACCUCAGAGCUGUCAAUCAGGACAAGAAGAACAUGCUUUUCUCUGGCACAAACAUUGCUUCUGGAAAAGCUAUUGGCGUUGCUAUUGCUACUGGUGUGUCAACUGAGAUCGGUAAGAUCCGUGACCAGAUGGCUGCCACCGAGCAGGAGAAGACCCCCCUACAGCAGAAACUGGAUGAGUUUGGUGAACAGCUCUCAAAGGUUAUCACUCUGAUCUGUAUUGCUGUCUGGAUGAUCAACAUUGGCCACUUCAAUGACCCUGUCCAUGGUGGAUCCUGGAUCCGUGGUGCCGUUUAUUACUUUAAGAUUGCUGUCGCUCUUGCUGUGGCUGCUAUCCCAGAGGGUUUGCCUGCUGUCAUCACUACCUGCCUGGCACUUGGUACUAGACGUAUGGCCAAGAAAAAUGCCAUUGUCCGCUCUCUGCCCUCCGUGGAAACCCUGGGCUGCACCUCUGUCAUCUGCUCUGAUAAGACUGGCACUUUGACCACCAACCAGAUGUGUGUGACCAAAAUGUUCAUCAUUGACAAAGUUGAGGGAGAUCACGUUGACCUUGAUUGCUUUGAUAUCUCUGGCUCCAAGUACACCCCUGAGGGUGAGGUAACAAAGUCGGGUGCUCGCGUUGACUGUAGUCAGUAUGACAGUUUGGUUGAGCUUGCCACAAUCUGCGCCCUGUGCAAUGACUCCUCCCUCGACUACAACGAGUCCAAGAAGAUCUUUGAGAAGGUUGGCGAGGCCACUGAGACUGCCCUGAGCUGCUUAGUUGAAAAGAUGAAUGUGUUCAAGAGCAAUGUUAACAACCUGUCUCCGGUCGAGAGAGCCAAUGCCUGCUGCAGUGUUGUGAAGCAGCUAAUGAAGAAAAACUUCACUCUGGAGUUCUCCCGUGAUAGGAAAUCCAUGUCUGUUUAUUGUAGCCCUGUAAAAGGUGAUGCAGGCUGCAAAAUGUUUGUGAAGGGAGCUCCAGAGGGUGUGAUCGACAGGUGUGCCUAUGUGCGUGUUGGUGCCACACGUUUGCCCUUAACUGGUGUUGUGAAGGAUAAGAUCCUGGCCACUAUCAAGGAGUGGGGUACCGGCCGUGAUACCCUUCGUUGCUUGGCCCUGGCCACCCGUGACCAUCCCUUGAAGGUUGAGGAAAUGAUACUUGAGGACUCUACUAAAUUUGCUGACUAUGAGACUGACCUUACCUUCGUUGGCUGUGUUGGUAUGUUGGACCCUCCCCGUAAAGAGGUUACUGGUGCCAUUGAACUGUGCAGGGCUGCUGGCAUUCGUGUUAUUAUGAUCACUGGUGACAACAAGGGUACUGCUGUGGCCAUCUGCCGUCGUAUUGGCAUCUUUUCUGAGGAUCAGGAUGUGACCGGCAGGGCUUACACUGGCCGUGAGUUUGAUGACCUGCCCCGCUCUGAGCAGAGUGAAGCUGUACGCAGGGCCUGUUGCUUUGCUCGUGUUGAGCCUUCCCACAAGUCUAAGAUUGUUGAGUUCCUGCAGGGCUUUGAUGAGAUUACUGCCAUGACUGGUGAUGGUGUCAAUGAUGCCCCUGCCUUGAAAAAGGCAGAGAUUGGCAUUGCCAUGGGCUCUGGCACUGCCGUUGCCAAGUCAGCCUCUGAGAUGGUCCUGGCCGACGACAACUUUUCCUCCAUUGUGGCUGCUGUUGAGGAAGGCAGAGCCAUUUACAACAAUAUGAAGCAGUUCAUUCGUUAUCUGAUUUCUUCAAAUGUUGGAGAGGUCGUCUGUAUUUUCUUGACUGCUGCUCUUGGUAUGCCUGAGGCUCUGAUCCCAGUUCAGCUGCUGUGGGUGAACUUGGUAACUGACGGACUGCCCGCCACUGCUUUGGGCUUCAACCCUCCUGAUCUUGAUAUCAUGGGCAAGCCACCCCGCUCUGCCAAAGAGCCUCUCAUCUCUGGCUGGUUGUUCUUUAGAUACAUGGUCAUUGGAGGUUAUGUGGGUGCUGCCACUGUGGCUGCUGCUGCACACUGGUUCCUGUAUGAUCAUGAGGGUCCUUCUAUCACAUUCUACCAGCUGUCUCACUUUAUGCAGUGUCAUGAAGAUAAUGAGGAGUUCGUUGGCGUUGAAUGUGAGGUGUUUGAGGCUGCUCCACCUAUGACCAUGGCUCUGUCUGUCUUGGUGACAAUUGAGAUGUUCAAUGCCCUUAACAGUUUGUCUGAGAACCAGUCUCUCUUACGUAUGCCUCCAUGGAGUAAUGGCUGGCUGCUCGCCGCCAUGACCCUCUCCAUGUCCCUCCACUUCAUGAUCCUCCAUGUGGACCCCCUGCCUAUGAUCUUCAAGUUAACUGCCCUGAGCAUUGAACAGUGGAUGGUGGUACUGAAGCUCUCUUUCCCUGUCAUUCUCCUUGAUGAGAUUUUGAAAUUUGUUGCCCGCAACCACCUGGAACCCUAAACCAGUGCCCCCUCCCUCAGUUUUCAAGUAACAAAAGCAAGCUCAAAAUUGAAAUGUAUAGAUGAAAAGUGGGAGUGAAAGAAAUGGGAAAAAAUAAGGAGAAGACGACAGAAAGGAGGAGGAUUAAAAGGAAGAAUGUAUAACAUCCAGAGGAGCUUCAGUGAGCCUGUUCCCAACACAGAGAGAAAGAAAUCAUCAGAAAAGGAUCCAAAAAACAAAACUGCUAUAUUUAGGACAGAUAUUAAUAUAUAGGACAACCCUUUCCAAAUUAGUGUUUGAAUUAUGAAGUAUUUUAUUCUUAAAAUUACCAAGAAAGGCAUUAAAACACUUUUUUGUUUAAAUGGUA